AUAAUAAAUAAAUAAAUCGUGUCCACCUCAAGGGCAAAGCAACGAAAUCGACUUUUUUUCUAGCUUCCAACUCGUCAAUCGCGAAUUUGUAAAUGAAAAUUGUUUAUUUUUUUGGAAUUUUAAUUUUUUUUUGUGUGGAAAGUCGAAUUUUUAAUGUAGGCUCAUUUUUAAGAAUUUAAUUAGUGAUAUUUUUGUACAAUGAAAAGAUAUUUCGAAUUUAAAAUUGUUAAUAAAAAAAAUUAUCAAAUAAUUUAGAAGAAGAAGGAGCAGCAUUAUGAUAAAAUCAAGAAAAAGUAGAUGGUGCCAAAGAAAUUUUUUUUGAAUUUAAUUAAAUUUUACCAUUUGAAAAUAGUGAAAGGAUUUUUAAAUUAGCGAAUUUUUUUAAUGGAAAAAAAGUUAAUUAAAAAGUUUUAGAAUUUGACGAAUCAACAAAAUAUUUACAUACUUGAAGAAACUCAACAAUUUUUAAUUUUAGAAGCGUAAAUGAUUGCGAAGAUUUUUAAUUUAAAGAAGAAGAGAAAAAGAUCCAUUUGCACAUUAAAGGAACCAAAUUUUUCAUUAAUUAAAAAGAAAGAGAAGCAUCAAUAAUUUAUCUUUGGAAGAAGUUUAAAAAAAUCAAUUAAAGGAUAAUGAAGAUGUUAUUAAACUUUUCAAAUUAAGAAAAAUUAUCAAAAUUCGUAAUUUAAAGGAAUGCAGUCUUUUUUUUAUAAAUCUAUACGAGAUUUCCUCAAAGAUGAUCGAUUUUCUGAACAUUAUAUUUAUAAUUGAUUGUUAUUUUUGAAAAAUUGAGUUUACAGAUUCGAAAAUUUUAAAUCAAGAUGGAAAUUAGAAUGAUCAGAAAAACCGAUUUGUAGAUGAAAUUAUUGUAUCCUUUGCAUCGCGUCUCCUCGAGAAUGCAAUCGAGGUCGUUGAGAUUGGCGCGAAAAACUGUGGGUUGUGAUUUAUUCAAGAAAAUACUCAGGUGAGAUUUGUGUUUAAAUGUGGAUGCUUUCCAGCAGGUUUUCGAAGAUCUCGCGCAUAUUUAUAGAAUCAUGUUCAGAUUUUUAAGAAAGUCUAAAAAUUUAAAAAAAACAAAGGACGCUAACAAUUUAAAAGGGAAAUAGGAAUUCUAAGGAAUGUUGAGAAUUUAAAGAAAGAGGGAAGAUUCAAAAGAAAAUGAGAAGAAAAAUAUAAAGAAAAAGAUGCUAAAGAUUAAAGAUGUUGAAAAAUUACAAACAAUGUCCGACAAUAACUACAGAGAUUCUUAAAAUUUAAUGUAAAUGCAUAGAGUACCAACAUGAAAAGAUAUUGAAUAUUUCAAUAUGAAGAAUAAUGAAAAUUUUUUGAAGUAGAUGUUAAAAAUUUCAAAAGGAUGCUGAAAGUUUUCGAGGAAUAAGAUAUGAUCCUAAAGAAAGAAUUGAUAAUUCUUUCUUGUAAAUUAUUCUUCUUUCUUUAUAAAAGAAAAAAGAGUUGAAGAAUAAUUUGUGACUAUGAUCUGAUUUGAUUCACGAAUUUUACAAUAGACAAAACCUUUAGGGAAAAGUUUCUCCACAAAUGAGGAAAAAGAUUUAAAGAAAUAGAAAUUAGAAUUCUAUUACAGAAUAAAAUUCACAUGAAAGAAUGAAUUUUGAAAAAAAAGAAGAUCGUCUAAAGAAUUUUCAAAAUCAUACCAAGGAUUAAAUCAACAAUUCCCGAAGUUUCAGAAAAAAAUUAAGAAUCCAAAUGUUUAGUACACUUUUUGAAAUAGCAUCUGAAAACAUCCAAAGAAUCACCAUCAGAAUCUCAAGAAGCAUCUCAUAGUAAAUCCAAAAAAAAUUAUUCUCAAAUUUUUCUAGAAACAAAUCAAAAAAGGAUUAUUUCCUCUCGAGAAAAAAAAUUGCUUCAACAAAAACUAAUAAUAAUUUGGCAAGAAUUCAUUUUGUGAAAAAAUGUUGAAAAAAGAAGUGAAAAAAUUUUCUUAUGAAGGAAAAUUGUGAAAAGAUUGGAACUAUUUGUAAAGUGAAGGAGGAGGAAGAAGAAGAAGAAGAGCAGGAAGAGGAGAAGGAGAAGAAUCGUGAGGGAAGUUUAAAAGUGAUUCAAUGCAUAUCCUUAGGGACUUGAUGAUAAAAAUAAGUUGGUGGUUAAGAUUUGUUAACAAAACCGAAUGCACAACAAUGGACAUUCGGAUUUUAGUUAACAGAUCGCUUAUUGUGAUUAUUGAGAACAUUAAUUUUAUUGGCCUUAAAAAAUUGGCCACGAGAAAUAAUUCGGAAUGCUGCAGGCUGUUAUGCUAGGUAGUGCUCCUGAACAAGGCAGACGAGAGUGGUAUCCAAAAUUUUAUCUUCACAAUCGUCGCCUCGAUUUCAGGAUGAAUCGCGGUGAACAGGAGACCUUGUUUCGUCAAAGUCGACAAUUAACGCGCAUCGUUCCUUCACAUGAAGAUCUUGUGCUCAGUGUCCUUAAAUCGCCAAUUAAUCAACAAUCACAAUAUGGUCAUCAUCAUCAUCAUUAUUCCCAGGAGCAUCAUCUUAACUGCCAAGCACAUCCCAAUCACAAAAAGUGCCAUCAUCAAGGUCGCGCGUACAACGACAGUCUUCCACAAAGCAAGGACCAAUGCUCUAGGCUGACAGAAAAGCGAUACAGCGCCGCGGCCGCCUACGCUGCCCUACAAGGCAGCGAAGACGAGCUCGUCGCUGGCGAAUCAGAGGAUGUGGCACUGAAAACACCCGGUAGUGAAACUGAGGAUACCGAUAAUGGAACGCCAAUGGAUGAACCCCCGCGGAAGUUCACUUUCCUGCGUAGAUUUCGUUCGCCGCGUUUUAGCGAGACUCAUCAUAAACGUGUCCCAACACCAAUGAGGCGAAAGCAUCGUCGACGACGAAAUAAGGACGACAACAAUGACAAUGGACAGGAGGAAGAGCCACCGAGUCCGGAUCAGGUUGGCGUUCCCGAUCCCUAUUAUCCAAUUUAUCUUCCCAUCGAUCAGGCAUUCAAGGCCAAAUAUGUGUUCCAUCAUAAAAAAGGGAAAACCUUCCAGGAAAGGCUUUAUGUUUUUCUCGAACAUCCGGGUGGUUGGCUGUGCUUCAUCUAUCACUUCACUGUGUUCAUGGUGGUAUUGGUGUGCCUCAUUUUCAGCGUUCUCUCAACAAUAGAGCAGUACAGUAAUUUCGCAAACGAAACCUUGUUUUGGAUGGAAAUAUGUUUAGUGGUAUUUUUUGGUGUCGAGUAUUUGGUACGACUAUGGAGCGCAGGUUGCCGAUCGAAGUAUAUGGGAUGCUGCGGGCGACUGAGGUUUAUAAGAAAACCGAUAUGUAUUAUAGACUUAAUUGUGGUGGUAGCGUCAAUGGUGGUGCUAUCAGUAGGAAGCAACGGACAAGUUUUCGCCACUUCAGCCAUUCGAGGUAUAAGAUUUUUACAAAUUCUUCGAAUGCUUCAUGUCGAUCGACAAGGUGGCACUUGGAGGCUUCUUGGUUCCGUUGUCUUCAUUCAUCGUCAGGAACUUAUUACGACUUUGUACAUAGGAUUCUUGGGGCUCAUUUUCAGCAGUUACUUUGUAUAUUUGGCAGAAAAAGAUGCGGUUGGACCAAAUGGAGAGCAAAAAACGGAUUUCGCGAGUUACGCUGAUGCACUUUGGUGGGGAGUGAUCACUGUCACGACAAUUGGUUAUGGUGACACGGUACCACAAACAUGGAUGGGAAAAAUUGUCGCCUCGUGCUUUAGUGUCUUUGCAAUUUCAUUUUUUGCACUUCCAGCUGGUAUUCUUGGUUCGGGUUUUGCAUUGAAAGUGCAACAAAAGCAAAGGCAGAAACACUUUAACCGUCAAAUUCCAGCGGCUGCAAUGUUAAUACAAUGUUUAUGGAGGUGUUACGCGGCAGAUAAGGCCAUCAACAGUGUUGCUACGUGGAAUAUUUACAUAAAGGAUCCAACGCCAGCCGGGCAACCAUCAACACCAUUGGGAAAGUUGAUUUGUGUAAAGAAGAUGUCUCUGAUGAUCCAGGUGGCCAAAAAGGCGAGUGUCCUGAAGAGGCGAAAAUCCCGUAAUCGAAUGGACGUACAACAAAGUCAACAACAACAACAACAGCAACAACAACAACAGGCAUUGCCGCCGGUAACGAUAUCCGGUGGUGGCACAACUGCAGGGCAAAAUGGCUCACAACAACGAAUGGAGAACGAGAACGAUGUAGUCUUCUACAUGGAGGAGCCAAAAGCAAGCACGCCUAAUAGAGCGAGAAGAGACAAUCGGGGAAGCCUCUUCACUUCGCAAACGAGCUCUGUGACGGAGGCUGCCAGCGACGAAAUUGACAUUGACAUCGAGGAGCCCCAAAGAGUUACCACGUUAACGGAGGCACAUCGAAAUGCCAUCAGAGCAAUCAGAAAGAUCAAAUACUUCGUGGCCCGUAGAAAGUUCCAACAAGCUCGCAAGCCCUACGAUGUGCGGGAUGUAAUCGAGCAGUACAGCCAAGGACACCUCAACAUGAUGGUGCGAAUAAAGGAGUUGCAGAGGAGGUUGGAUCAAACCCUGGGUAAACCAGGAAGCUACCUGGCAGGCAUCGACCGCGCAGGCAACGUAAAGCCCAUGACGAUUGGCGCACGUCUUUACCGCGUGGAGCAGCAGUUGGCGGUGAUGGACAAAAAACUUGAUCAACUUGUCCACGUGGUAAAUGCACUGGCACAGAAAUUACAAAUUCCCUUGAGAAGCGUCGAGGAUGAUGUGUAACAAAUAGCCCCCGCCGAUUUUACGCUAUCACCAAAACUUAUUAAAUGCUUUAUUCCUUAAUUAAAAUAAGCGUAAACCAAAAAAAAAAAAAUAAAUAAGCAAAAUAUAAAAAGUGUUCAGCGGAAAUCGGUGAAAAUUCCACUUUUUUGAAGAUCGAAUUUGAUUUUUCCAUCUUCAUAUAUCUACCCAUAUUCUUCUCCAUUGAUGACAAGACGAAUGGAUUUGCGAUUAAAAAUUCUCAAAAUCGUAAACACAAGGAAAGUGGCCUUCACCCGAUUACUGUUGAAUAUCAUACAGUGCUAUGCGGAAAGAGGAUGAAAAUGUGAGAGUUUAUGCAUCGAUUGAGCGGCGUAGUGCGACGACGGCAACUUUUCAAAGGAACGAGGCAAAUUUCUUCGAAUAAAUUCGCGACCAAUGCAAGUAACUGAGACAAUUUUUCCGUUAUAGAUGAAGAGAGUUAUCUUCUUAAACAAAAAAAAAACUCGUAAAAUUAUUAUUAUUAUUAUUGAUGCUAUUAAAUUAUUCAGUGAAUUUUUUUUUACUAAUAUGAAAUGAGUAAUUUGACGAAAGUAUAAUAUAUAUAUAUAUAUAUAUAUAUAUAUAUGUUUUAUUUGAGAUCGUGGAAUAAUUUAAUAAUAUCAUUAUAAUGAUAUUGUGAUUAGUGAAAGUGGCUCAAAAUAUGUUUGCAAUUGAGUUUUGUUGAGGGGGGUGGGAUUGGGGUAGGUGGGCUAUAAUGUUAAUGAAAUCCGACAAAGAUAGAAGAAACGAAAAAAAAAAUAACUUCUUCAGCUCAUUGUCCUUACAAAACUGAUAUUGAUAAGACAUAUCUUCGAUUUAAGUAUCGUUUCUUAUACGAAAUAGGUAAAUAUCGGAUACAAGCGGAUUAACAAAGUUCAUAUAUCUAUUUUUUUCUAAUUAAGACGCCUGUCAAACAAAAAAAAAAUAAACAGGUAACGAAGCUAUACGCACAGAAAAGUCACAAAAUGACGCAAAGAUAAAGAUUUCACGAAAUUCUUAAAAUUAAAAAAAAAGAUACAUUGACAAUUUUUUUAUUUCUAAUUUUAAUUUUUAUCCUUUUCUUUUUUUUGUGUAAAAAGAAAAAAAUAAAAUUAUAAAAUAAAAAUAUAUUAAAAAAAUUGUUAAUGAAAAAUUUGUGAAAUCUGUGUAUAAAUGAUCUUUGCGUCAUCUGCACAAAAAAACAGAAAAAAAAAAAUUUUUAAUGGAUCAGAUUCACAGCUUCGUAAGUUUGCACCAAUAAAAUAAUUUCACCUCGUGUUCGUUCCAAGAAGAAUCGAGUCGAAAAAAAAUUUAUCACCGAAUGAAUCAAUGAAGGAUAUAAAAAAAAUGAGUCAAUCGUAUUAAGUAAAUGAUCGGUUUAGCGUUGUGCAAAAAAUAUUAAUUAAAAAAAAAUACGUCACGUUAACGCUAGUCCGGUCUUCUAAAUUUAUACUUACUAAUAAAAAAAAAAAUAUUAAUUAAUCUUAAUUCUAGAUGUAAAUUUAUCUCGCUAUAAGUAUCGUAAAAUUAGUCUUCGAUACACCAAAGAAUCGCAGUAAUAAAUUAUGAUAAUUAUAAGAAUUUUAGUAUAAUAUAAAGUCACACUGUAAAUAUUAAUUAUAAAAUUAUAUUAAUUGAAAAUAAGCAAAACCAAAAAAAAAAAACAAAACAAAACGUUAAUUCGAAAUAAGCACCGAUUAUCGCUCGAUCUUAUAAAUACACUAUAUACAUAUUAAUAUAUGUAUAAUAUAUAAAUAUAUAUAUUUUAUACUAAAAAAAAAAAAUAAGUAUGAAAAACGUCGCCGAUACGAUAUUAUUUUCUCCGAAUCGAUUGCACGCAAUUUUUAUAUAAAUAAAAAAAAUAAAUAAAUACGAACUUAAUUUAUCCGGAUUAUGCUUUAAAAAAUUUUCGAUCGAUAUAAUUGAAAAAAAAAUUUUUCCUAAUUAAUAAUUAUUCUCCCAAAAAAUUAAUAAUUAUAUUUUGAUUUGAUCGAUUAUUUAUCAUUUUAAGAGGUAAUAAUUUUAGAAUAUAUUUUGUUUUUUUACAUUUGUCAUAAAAAAAUUAGUGAACAAAACAAUUUUUUAUUUAUUUAAUUGACAUUUUGAAAAAUUCCUAGAAAAAAAAUGUAAAUAUUAGUAUAGAAAGGCGCAAUAAUUAAUUAAUUUAAUUAAUCAAUCAAUUAAUUUAAUUCAUCAAACAUUUAUGAAUUAAAGUAUUAAUUAAUUAAUUACGUUACUAAUUAAUUAUUUAUAAGGUUGGUUAAUUAAUGACAAUGCCAAUAAAUGAAUUCUAAUUAAUAAUAUCGUUAAUUAAUUAAACCGCCUAAUCAAUUAAUUCAAUUCGCUAAUUAAUAUACUAGUCGAUUAAAUUAUCUCUCCUUCGUUUAAAAAAAAAUCUCUUAAUGGUAUUUUUAAUAUUACCCAAUAAUAAAAAUAAUAAUAAUAAUAAUAGGAAUAAUAAUUAAUCAAAUAUUUAUUGCAAAUAAGAGUAGGGUCCAAUGUAAUUGCAAACCGGAUUAAAGAGAUCUAAAGUUUUUGAUGAUUCCGCACUUUUCUUGAAAAAUUAAAAAAAAAAAAAACUAUUUCACCCGUAGUUUUUGAAUUAAUUUUUUUUUUCAAAUCUUUACUAAUUUCAAUAAAAAUAAUUUGAAUUUUUUUCAUUAAUUUAUCUUUAAAAGAAAUAUUAAACCGUUUAACGAAGAUAUUGAAUGUUUAUUUAUUUUUUUAUUAGAAAAAGAAAAUGUGCGUUUAUAUAGAACAAUAGAACAUGCAUUAGUGCCUGUUACCCUCGUUAUUAUGUCUCAUGUCUAAUGACUUAACGAUAAUAGGAAGUAAAGUCAUGAUAUAAUCAAUAUCAUCAAUUAGAGCAGUGCCAGCUUAUAACAAAGGAAGCGACAUUAAUGAUGCCUUUUAGUGCAUUUGAUAACACCGUUUAUAUUAUAGAUUCAAUUUGCGCGCUUUUUUGAUUCAAAAAAAAGUUCUUUAAUUACUUAUUAAUCAUUUCUUUGUUUAAAAUUUUUUAUUAAAAAUUGCUUAUUUUUAAAAUUUUUUACUUUAUACGAUAGAAAUUGGGCGGAGCUUCUUCUAUAUUGUAACAUUAGAGGAGUAGUUACCUUGUAGUGGGUGGAGCUAAUUAUAUAUUGCAACAAAGUGGGAGGAGUUUCCUUUUAGUGGGUGGAACCUCUUUUAUAAUACAAAAAUGUGGAAGGGGUUUCAUUACAGUGGGAGGAGCCUAUUCUAUACUGCAACAAUAUGGGAGGAGUUUUCCUCAGUGGGUGGAGCUUCUUCUAUAUUGUAACAGUAGGGGAGGAGUUUUACACUCAAUGGGCGGAGCAUCUUCUAUAUUGCAACAAUAUGGGAGGAAUUUCUCCCUCAGUGGGCGGAGCGUCUUCUAUAUUGUAACAGUAGGGGAGGAGUCAUCUUAUAGUGGGUGGAGCUAAUUCUAUAUUGUAACAAAGUGGGAGAAGUUUACUUUUAGUGGGCGGAACCUCUUUUAUAUUACAACAAUGUGGGAGUGGUUUCAUUACAGUUGUUGUAUAUUUCAACAAUAUGGGAGGAGUUUUCCUCAGUGGGCGGAGCUUCUUCUAUAUUGUAACAGUAGGGGAGGAGUUUUACUCUCAAUGGGCGGAGCUUUUUCUAUAUUGCAACAGGGGAGGAAUUUCUUUUUAGUAAGCGGUGUUUUCAAUCUAUAAAUUAGAAAAUGAAGGCGGAACUUCCUGUUUUAUUUUUCAAUUGUUAUAUUUCCGAAAUUUUAUACACUGAACAAAUUGACAAUCAUGGUUAAAAAUUAGUAAUCAACAAUAUUGUUAUUCUAAUAAUAAUAAUCAUUAAAGUGGAACUAGUGAGCUAUUCUAAAUCCUUAUUAUUAAAUGCUUGAAUGAAGAAUGUUGCGCGCAUGACACGCAAAGAGUGGGGAUAGCGUGCGAGGACCAAUCAGAGAGCUUUAUUCACAUAGUGCGCGCGCAACAAAAGUCGAGCGGGGUGGGAAAGUUAAAAAAAAAACAAUCCACUAACACUAGUUCAGCCUCUACUAAUCAUUCUACUGACCAUUCCAAAUGUGCUUUUACCAAAAAAAAACAACAAUCUCUUAUUUGUAUGAAGAUUUUUAUAAACAAAAAAAAAUUAUGAACUCUAAUUUUGACAAUUACUAUAAUAAAAAAUAAUAAUUUUACUGCAAAAUAGUGACAAUUUAAACAUCGUUAAUAAUAAUAAUAAUAACAACAACGUAACCAAGGGACGAAGUUAAAAAAUAGAAAACAAGAAGCGUAUAGAAAAAAAUGUACUAAAAAUUUCAAUAAUUAAAUUAUUAGUGCUUCAGGUAGUAAAUAUAAUUUUUUUUUUAAAAUAUAAUCUAAAGUUAUUAUUUUAAUUAAAUAAUAAUUUAUUAUAAUUUCUAACGGGGAGGAAAAAAAAUCAAUUUCUUUUUUUAACACACUAGAAAAGAUAUUGUGUGGAAUCGUUAGACGUAAAUUUUUUGAUCAGAAUGAUCUCAAAAAAUAAAAGAAACAAGAUCUCAGAGCAAGUAGUGUUCGCGAAUCGGCCGAAAAUGUGCAUAAUACAAAUUUCUAUCAUUCUAGAAAUAAUGAUAAAAAUUCAAUUGAUUAUACACACGCUUAAUUAAAUAUGUAUACUUUUUACAUAUAUAUUAUACAUAUAUAGAAAGUAGGCAUCGCUGUAUAUUUACCAAAAUAAAAAAAAUAAAUAGAUUUUAGCUCAUGUACAUUGCUUCGAAUUAGUAUAUUUAAAAAAUUUAAAUAAACAAAAAAAAAUAUAUUAAAUCGUUAGCGAAUGAUUUUUAAAAAAUUCAAUAUAAAUAUAUACAUAUAAUAACGUGAAAAAGAAUUGAAAAAAAAAAUUAAUAAAAUAUAAAACUAGACAAAACGAAUCUUUUUAGACUUUACGAGUUAAUCUUAUUGCCAUCCAUGGCUUAGAAUGUGAUAUUAUCACGUGACCUAAAUUUGCAGACAAAGGUCAAUAAUAAAACUUUAUAUAUCUAUUGGUCUAAAAAAAAAUCACAUGAUUGCCUCUCGCAUGAAUUUUUAAAACAAUUUUUCCACCUUAUUAUAAUUUGGUAGAAAUUUCGUCGAUUUAGUAUACUCAUCUUUCGCUGAAAUAUAAAUCUUUUUCAUCAAACACAUUUUCUACCUCCAGAGUCAAUCCUCUCAAAGUUUUUUUUUUUUUUCAUAGUAAAUAAUCAAAUUUUUCGCCUCUUUUCUGCUGAAUUUUUUUUUUUUUUUUAUUUAGAUUGUCAAUUUUUCCAACAUAAACGACCAAAGGCAGCAUUUCUUCCGUCAAUAAACUUUUAACUACAAAAAUAAUAUACAAAUUUCGAAUUUUCAAAAAAAAAUAAAAUAAAUGGGUCCAAAACUCGUAAAAAUUUUAACCAAAUUAUUUCGAUGAAAUUUUUGAAAAACAAGAAACAGCAUAAAAAAAUUAAUUACAUAUAUAUAAAUAUCAAGUAAGGUACUGCAUUGAUUUUCAAUAAUGAAGCGUUGAGAUUUUCUUGAAAUUGUUAAUUUUCCAACUAAAGUUGAUUAGGAAGUUAUCGGCUAAAUCGACUCACACACUGAUUGAAUCAAUAAUUUCUUGAUUUACAAAUACCCGAGGCAUUUAUUAUUAUCUAUCAGUUUCAUUUGAUAGCUCUUCAAAUAUCACGUUUAAUUUCAAUUUCCUGAUUUUAAUUUUGAUUUUUUUUUCUUUUUUUAUGUGAUAAAUUUCAUAAAUUGACAUAAAUACAAAAAAAAAUGAACACCAAAAUAAUUUAGAACUCAUUUUUUCUGAAAAACAAAAUUUUAAAAAUUUAUAAAUUCGAGAACAAUUUUUUAUUAUUAUAAAUCCAUAAUGGUCCGAAUAUAGAGUUUUUCAUGUUUUUUUUACGAUUUAAACGAAACUCUAUGUUUUUUUCAUAUAAUGGACGGAGCAUCUCCCUCCGUGUGGGUGGAGCUUUCCCCUCCCAUUCUGUAAUUUGAAUAAAGUGGGCGGAGCUUCUUCAUGUCCAGAAAGCAGUGGGUGGAAUUGUCCUUCCUUUUUGUACAAAAUGGGCGGAGUUUUCCAUCCCACUCUAUGAUAUAGAUAAAAAAGGGGCGGAGCUUAUUUCCAUGUUCAAAACAGAGUGGGCGGAGACUGCCCCUUUCAGUCUAUAUUUACAAUAAUAUGGGAGGAUCUUCUGCCUCUUUGUUCAAAACAGUGGGCGGAGUCUAAAGUGGGAGGAGCUUCCCGUCCUUAGAGAUUAAAAAGGGGCGGAGCUUGUCCCAUUUGGGCGGAGUUUCUCCUCCUACUAUAUACUAAAAUUAAUGUGGGCGGUGCUUAUAUUCAUGUUUAGAAAAAGGGGGUGGAGCUUUUCUCUUACAAUGGUAAUUUCGCAUAAUGUGGGCGGAGUUUCAUCUCACAUUCUAUACUUAUGUGGGCGGAGCAUCCGCCUACAUGGGCAAAAAGUGGGAUGAAUUCCCCUCUCAUUUUAAUAAUAGUGGGAGAAGCUUUUAGUUUAGAACGCAAGUGGGAGGGGUUUCUCCUCCUAAUCUUUCCCUUUUCUUUCUGCAUGAAUCUUUUUCUGCAUUUUUCGGACGUGAUCAAAUUAUUAUUAAUCUUUAUAAAAAAAAAUGGUUUUUUCUAAUUUACCUUGAAUUGUAAAACAAUGAGGGAUGACUAUCACAUUAGAACGCUUUAUAAAUUUACUGUUAUUUAUAUCUGGAAAUAAAUUUUUCCACGCUACUUCGCUCGUACCUUUUUACUUACAAUUAGUUGUUAUUUAUAAUUAAACAAAGGAACCAAAAUUUCUGUUGCAAAUUCUCUAACUCCGAUUAAAAAAAAAAAAAAAAAAUUCUUUUUUUUUGCAAAUUUAUUCGGACCAAUUAUAUUGUUCAAGAAAGACAAGUUUAUAUUUAAAAUAAUUAAAAAUUCUCGAAACAAUAAUCAAUGCUUAUUGUGGUAAUAAAAAAUUUCUACGUAGAAAUUAAACUUUUUGACAAAAAAAAAUACUUUACUAUAUACAUACAAUUUUCCCGCGUCUAUUGAAAGAAAAAUUAAAUAUGUUUUUAUUUUCUUUUUUUGAAUUUUUCAAUGAAUAAAAACAAAAAUAAAAUGACAUAUUAAAACCCUAACAAUUUAAUCAUAUCACCGUAGAUGCCUAAAAACUAUAUAGUUAUCUUCUAAUAAGCAGAAAAAUACUGUCAACGUUAAUUUUCUGAUGACUUUGAAAGUAUUCAUGUUUCUUUUUAUCACACUGACAAAGUCAUCAUGAAUCCAAAACUAUCUCUGUUUUCUCAUUAACUAUUAUAUAUAUAUAUUAUACACUGUACAUUAUCAACUUUAAUUAUAGGAUCGACUAUUAAAGCUAUAUUAUUAUAUUAAUAAUUCUAUUUAUGACGAUACUCUAUUUGUAAAAAAAAAAAUAAUAAUAAUAAUGAAAAAGAGAUUGUAAUAACACUAUUUCGCUGAUUAUUCAGAAUCAUUGCCAAUAAUGAAAUUUCGUUUAUAAAAAAAAUUUUAUUGACUAAAUAUUAUAAAAAAAAAAAUAUCACAAUAAUUGUUUAUCAUAUCAAUUUUUGAAACUGAGUAUUUAUAAUAUUUCGCUGUAAAAUUAAUUUGAUUACAAUUAAUUAAAUAAAUAAAAAAAAUAUAAAUUAAAAUUAAAUGAAAAAUUAAUAAUUUUGACAAUGAUUCUGUAUAUGACAACAAAAAUAUAUUAGGCACUACCACGAACUAUAUAGAAAAUGAAGAUGUGAAUGAUUUGCGAGGUAUAAAAAAAAUUAUAUAAAAGAAAUUUGAAUGUAUGUGUGAUUUUUAGAAUUUUAAUAGCUCCCAAUAUGCGAUCAUCCGUUGCCUCUAAAAACGUUUCUCAAACUUUCACAUUUGUAAAAUUCACAUCGAUAAUAAAAAAAAAUAAUAUAAUGAAAAAAAAAAGAUCUGACAAAAAAAACCCAUUCACAAAAAAGUUUGCGCAGAAAAAUUUUAACUUCGACCUAACCUAUAAAUUAAAAUUUUCCCGCGCAAAAAUUGAUUUUAACGCUUUUGUCAGCUCUAUACUAACUACUAUUACUAUAAUAAUAAUAAUAAAAAAAAAUUCUCCAAGGCAAAGAUUGUUUGCAAGUGUCCUUCCAAUCAUAUAUAUAUAUAUUAUACAAUUAAUGUGGUAGUGCUCCCUCGAUGAUGGGUUUACGACACUUUUAUUAAUUAAUUAUUAUAGACAAUUAGUAAUUUAAAUCGCAUAGCCAAACUGGGAGCAUCACUUUCUUUUUGUGGUCCAUCCACCUUUGCCGAAACGGUACAAAAACAAAAAAAAUAUUUAUAUAUAUACACUCACAAUCAGCCACAAUCUUAUAUUAUGUCCUUAAACGAAAAAGAAAACAAGCAACAAAAAAAAAAUAAACAUUUUUUAAAGAGACUUAUUUGUAGUCUCUGGAUCGAGGAUGGACCAAAGCAUAUAUAAUAUUUAUUGUGAUGAUGCGAGAAAUAGUAUCAUUUAAACUAUGAGAGAGAGAGUGUGUGUGUGUGUGUGUGUGUGUGUGUGUGUGUGUGUGUGUGUGUGAUAGCGCGCGCGAGUGAAAGAGAAGCAUGUGCAUCUUAUACAAAAUGCAUCCUGUCAAAUAUUGUACAUUCGUGACUCGUUCUUUUAUCAUAAAUGCUAUAUUAUAAAUAUAUACAGAAAUACUAUUAUGAGAUAUUAUAUAUAUAUAUAUAGUUAAAGAUUAAAAAAAAAUUAAAUAUACCACAUCUGCUAUUCUCUGGAA